AUGUCGCUGGUCACAGACGAGGUUCUUCUACGUCUUUGGUUGCAAGCCCAAGAAAAGGGUUCAAGGGAGAAUGUAUCGGUGAAAUUCUGGCUUCAUUUUUACUGCAAGUACGUCUUCCCGGGGAAAGUAUGGGUUGUUAGUGCUGAGAACGAACCAUCCGUACUGGAGCCGUCCCUCAGAACAGAUCUCAAGGUUGAAUAUCUUGGAGAUGUCCUGCUUGAACUUUUACAUCAUCACGAGCUCAAGCGAUCAGACGCUUCUAAUUCGGAUAUCGAAACGGUGGAACAUCAAGCGUACGGGAACUCUAUUUCCUACCUAGCCGCACACCCAGAGAUCUCCAGAAUAUAUGCAGUGACGAGCUUUGGAACCAAGGCGAGGAUCUGGACUUGCAUACCCGACGCGCACAUUAUCUCGAACCUCUGUUCAGAUCUCCAGCUCUUGCAGACCGGUCGCAAUACAUCCAAGUGCACUCUACGGAGGCAACAAAGCUACGAGAAGGAUAUGACCAUAUGA